CGCCGGCCGAUCGUCCGGACGGAGGAGCGGGCCGCUACCGUGCGCGCGUGGUCGCUGGCGCUGCGCGAGCAGCGGGCCCGCGAGCAGGGCCAGAGGGAGCCCGCGGAGCAGGAGCCGGCGAAUGUGGCUCUGUGCACGGUGAGCCGGAGUUCGGGGUCCCGCGGGGCCCGCCGGGGCACCGCCUCGCGCUCCGAGCGGCUCCCCCUGAGCCCGCGCAGCCUGUGCGCGGCCCAGCCCCAGCCGCAGCAGCCGCAGCAGCAGCAGCAGCAGCAGCAGCAGCAGAAUGCGGCGGCGCUCGCCGGCAGCGGCAGCGGGACGCCCCAGCAGCAGCAGCAGCAGCAGCAGCAGCUGGCGACGCCGCGGGACCAGGGCGCCGGGCAGUCCUACGAGGACGGCCAGGGCCUGGAGGAGCCGAUGGUGCAGGUCGAGCGCGGCAGCCAGAUGGGCACCUGGAUCUGCUGCGUGCCGUGCUACUGGCUCCGGCGCAGCAAGGCCGUGCACCAGGCGCUGCUCACCUUCGCGAUGCUGCUCGUGACGAGCCUCCUGGUGACCAGCCCCGUCCUCUUUCUCAUCACCAGCCUGCCCGAGGGGGAGCAGCCCCGCGAGUGCGCCGCGCUGGACGAGGCUUGCAUCCGGGAGCGGGACGGCCAGGAGGGCGUCUGCGAGUCGGCGGCCUGCCACGAGGCCUCGCGCCGCAUGCUCGCGACGAUGCAGCGGGGCGUCGAUCCCUGCAAGGACUUUUACCAGUUCGCCUGCGGGGGAUUCGAGAACCGGCUGCCCUACCAGCCGACCUCGAGCUUCGCCUCGCUGCAGGAGCAGCUCGACGAUCGGAUACGGCGGAUGCUGCUGAAUGAAACGGGCAAGAUGGGCGGCGCGUUCAAAAAGCUCGGCCAGUUUUACAGCAGCUGCCUCGAAUUCAAAGAAAAACCCGUGGACUUUGCGCCGGUUUACAGGCUGCUGGACGAACUGGGCGGUUACAUCUGGCCGAAGAGCGAGGGACCCUCCGACAUAACGCCUUUGGUCGCCUCCCUCUUGAAAGUUUCCGGCGCGCCGCUCUUCGACCUCUACGUCGACGCGGACCUCUACGACCAGACGAGGAUGGCCGUCUUUCUGGACCUGCCGAGGAAGCACGAGUCCGACAUGUUCGUGACCAGCGUAUCGGAGGAGGCCCCGAGGCGGAGGCGGCGCAGAGGACUGCAGGGCCUCGCCGAGCAGAGGAGGAGCCGCAGCUCGUCCAACCUGGCCGAGAGCAAGGCCUACACGGUCAUCAAGAACAACCGAGAGGAGAAGCGCUCGCGCAGAAUACAGAAGAUCAUCCAAGGCCUGAUACCCAGGGACAUGGAAUCGAGGGAGCGAUCCUCCGAGGCCGACCAGCUGCUUCAGUUCUGCCUGGCCCUCAACAAGAUCUACCCGAGGCACAAGGACAUCUACAACUGGAUCGACAUCGACCAGAGGAUCUACGUGCCGUACAACCUGACGCACCUGCAGGAGAGCUUCGCCUACGUAAGCUGGGGCACGCUGCUCAACGCGAGCCUCGACAACGCCACUGCCGAGCUCUACAGCCGCGAGCACUACCACGAGUACAGCAGCGACGAGCAGCCCGCCUACGUCUACGUGACCGCCCCCCAUUACUUCCGCAGCCUCGGCAAGCUGCUCGGCCGAUUUUCCAAGAGGGUGAUCCACAACGGGCUGCUGGUGCUCUACGCCACGGACGUGUUGCACGACAUCGUGAACGCGAGCGCCAGUAAGAACUGGAGCGAGGACUGCGUCAAGCUGACCAAGAACGUCUUCGGCGAAGCAGUCGGAAUGCUCUACGUUCAGCAGUACGAUCCGGAUUUUUUGCAGCUCCUCGUAAACCGGAUAGCGGCACUCUUCGAGCGCAUCAAAGAGACGCUCGCCGAGCGGAUGCUGGUGAUGCCCUGGCUCGACGAGGAGACGAGGACGCAGGCCGUCUUCCGGCUGCGUUCCCUGCGCGGGAAAUUCAAAAUUUGGCCCGGCUAUCUGAACGAGAGCCUGCUGGCACAGGAAAUGGCGGAGGUUGUCAUCGACGAGGAGGACUUCUUCUCGACCGUGCUGGGCAGGUUCAGGCAGAACCGAGCCGCGGAGGGCCAGCCCAAGAGAAACGCGACUCACAAGUGGCACUACCCGUUCACGGUCAGCGCCUACUACGAAGCGUCGUCCAACUCGAUCGUGAUCCCCCUGGCGAUGAUGACCGCCUGGUCCUGGUCCUGGGACGGCGGGCCGGCGUACGCGGUCUACGCGACCCUCGGCACGGUCAUCAGCCACGAGGUGCUGCACGCCUUCGACCUGCACCACCGGCGCCUGCCGCUCGACCCGGAGCCCCUGAGCGAGCACUGGUCCUGGAUCACGCCCGAGGCCUGGCGCAGACUCGAGGCCAUGAUCGAGUGCGUGGCCAAGCUCUACGCGCGCAGCUUCUGGCGGAAGGUCAAGUUCUUCGGGAGCAGCGUCGACGUCCAGUUCGAUUGGAACGUCACGCGGAACGAGAACGUGGCGGACAUCGGCGCCCUGCAGAUCGCCUACCACACCUGGCACAUCCUGACCAACGGCAAGGACCGAACCCUGCCGGGGCUGGAGGCCCUGCGGCCCAGCCAGCUCUUCUUCAUCAGCGCCGCCCAAAGCUACUGCUCUAACAUGACUGCCGAGGCCUACAUUCUCUCCGUCGAGCUGGAUUACCACACGCCUCGGCCCGAGAGGAUCAACGGCAUAAUGAUGAACUCGCCCGAGUUCGCCGAGGCGUUCCGAUGCUCGCUCGGCGCGAAGAUGAAUCCGCCGAACAAGUGCAAGACUUGGUGACGAAGCCGCGCGACGGGGAGAACGAGUCGCCUUUAGAUGACCAAGCGAGCAGCCGCUGAUUGGCCGCAGAUCGAAGCGGGGGCUGCGCGAUUUCGGGCGCCGAACGUCCAGCAGGGAUCCGUCGAUCAAGCGAACGAAAUCGAGAGAGAGCAGCAGCCGAGUGCGAGGGCAGGACCAGUCGGCGAAAGUUACUCCUCUCUCGAGACUAGCGACCGCCUGCCUCUGGCUAUGACCGAGCGAAGAAGGAGACGACGAGUCGAUCGGGGCGUCGCAUUGCUGACAGCAUGCGAAAGACGGGAAAGACUGCCGUACAUUCUUCCUGUAGCUGUCCUCCUCCUCCUUCUCCUCCUUCCCCUCCUCCGCCUCCUCCUCUACCGCACGGUCCUCUGAGCUCGCGAUUCCCGCACCUGUCCGGCACCGUUUUCUCAACUAGACUAUACUUACGCGCCAUUCUAUAGAAGCUUUAGGACAAAUACGGAUGAGAUUCCAACGAGAAUCAACAAAUAUAUAACAUUGUAAGCGAGCGAGAAGUUGCUAGACCAAACUCCUAGACCCACCGCUUAUGGAAGAACGAACGUUUCAUUUGCUCGAGCGCGCGUAGGAGCUGCAGUUUUUCGAAGAAUGCGUUCGACUUGUCGGGAAGAGGCGAGUGUGUGGCGUUGUGUGUGGCGUUGCGUCUGGCUCGCCCUUUCAUUCCGGGCGUAAAAAGCUGAAUGUUCGAUCGGACGGCGAAAGGAGAAGCCAUUUUAUUAGACCGAAGUAACACACACUCGCGGAGAGAUGAUACAUUGCUGCCGGAUGAAAGGCGGACGAAAGGGGAUUCUAGCGUCGACGCAAAAAACGUGAACUGUGAUACUUUAAGCAUUAACGCAACUCAAAAUGAAAACAAAAAAAAAAACCAGCUCGCUCCGUUCAUUAGAAUUAACGACGAGGAAACGCGGAAACAAUAACGUAUACAAUUAUACUCAAUGCAUUCGAACUCUGGAAUGCGAUAGUCAUACGCGCCUCGAGUUUGAUCGAUAAGUAUACACAAACAAUGACAGGACGCGACGAAAUGGUAAAAAUUGAUCGUAAUUUGUUAAAAGAAGACCAACUCGAGAAUCACACCUGGUGCAAUUAUAGAUUUCAGAAUGGUAUACGAUUAUCCUCGUUAUUUUUCAUGCUUCCGAUAGACAAGCUUGAUCGUGUUUCAAUAGGAACUUUUAACAAGUUGCGAUUUUUAACUCUUUUCGCUGAUCUACAAAUUUCUUCGAACGCGUAUAAUCUUGAACAUUAACGAAAUCUAGGAUGAAUCUUUGUAACUAUAUAGUAGAUGAAUUGAACCGACGGCGAGUCCUCUUGUUAAGUACAUCUGCGCAAUAAAAAAAAAAAAAAAACAAUAAUAAUAAUAAAUAAAUAAAAAAAAGAACACGUGGUCACCGAUCGAUUCCUUUUUUUCAGCACAAUAACUGCGUUACAUCUAACAUUUUACGACUAAUAUUAUACCUACUAGCUAUUCUGUGGGGUUCAGUUUCGCGAUGCAAUAAGAAUUCAACGAUAGAGAAAAAUCGAGCAUCUAAGAAGAUAAAUCGUAUUGUAUUUGCAGUACAACAUUGAGAGUGAUAUAAAUAAAUACUCAUUUCUAACAAA